AUGAAGCCUAAUGCCAUUGAGGGCCCUGCCAGGGGACCCUGGGAGGAGAGGGGCAGAGGGGCGUGGCUCCGCGCGUGGGCGGGGCCCGAGCGGAGGGAAGGCGGGAGCUGCCUGGCUGCUGCGGAGGCCCGCGGACCGAGCCGCUGCAGUCUAGCGGAAACGCCUCCUUUUUUCAAAACAAAGAGGAGAAGCGGGUGGCGUGUGAGGCGCGCUGUGCUGGGGCCUCCUCGGAUUGGUCCCUUCGGCCUGGGAGCUUGGGCGACCACGGAGGGGAAGCCCCAGGAGCGGCUGACGCUCGCGGUCACCUGGGCACCUCCAAAGGUCGCACGGGCCAUGGAGGAGCUGCAGAGGCGCUUGCGAGAGACCCUGGACGUGCUGUCCCCGCAGGAGCUGAGCAACUUCCGCGCCAUCCUCAAGAAGGUGGACGAGGAGCCUCGUGUGAGUCCGGUGCAGCUGGAGCUGGAGGGCCGCACCGCAUCGGGGCUGGCGGGUCUCCUCGCCAAGCACUACUACCUGCAGGCGGCGCCGCGCGUCCUCACCAAGGUGCUGAAGCAGCUGCCCCGCGCCGACCUGCUGCCGCGCUGGCAGAGCGACCCCACAGCCUACAGCCAGGUGAUCCCAAGAAAAAUUCUGAAGAGAAGUUUUGACUGUGUGGAAAAUGAAUUGGACCAUUAUGACCUGAGUGGCAAGCGGAAGGCUUUCCUCAUGUGUGUAAAAAAGGACAGGCCAGGGUCUGUCCAGGACAUCCAACGAAUGGAGGACUGGCUUGACCAGUGCCAGUUUGAAAGGACAUUAUGCAUCGAUCCUGACAAAAAGGGAUUAAUUGACACACUAACUGUAUUUCGUGAUGGAUUAAAUGAAAUUAAAGAUGAAAUUGCCUGUUGCCUUGUCACUCUUAUGUCCCAUGGAGAAAAAGGCUUUAUUAAAAUGAAAGAUGGUGACAAAGUCAGCUUGGAAGAUGUUUUUGAAAUGUUUAACAAUAAAAAUUGUCCAGCACUUCAUGAGAAACCAAAGAUCUUUAUAAUUCAGGCCUGCAGAGGAGAGAGAAAAGAUAAUGGUAUUGAAACAGAUGAUGAACCCAUGGAGUCGGAUGACAUAUCCGAGAGGAGGCGGCUGCCCACGUUCAGCGACUAUUUCAUCAUCUAUCCCACCCAGCCGGAUCAUGUUGCUUUACGGCACUCCCGCAGUGGCUCUGUGAUGAUCGCGGCAAUGACUGAAGUCUUUAAACAGUAUGGAAAUAAGUGGCACAUCGUUGACUUUUUCACCAAAGUGAAUAACAAAGUGGUGCACACUGAAUUUUAUCUACAUGAAGAACCAAUAAAAGUGUCACUUGUAAUGGAAUCGACUCUAACUAGAUCCGUGUACUUUUGAUGUCGGGAAGAUUUAAAAAUCAGGACUGCUUCACAGGAGACUCUGUAAAGAACUGGGAGGCUUUGUAGCGUAGUGCUAAUGGUUAUCACUUUGCAUCAUUUCUGUUACUAGUUAUAUUUCUCCGAUUUAUUUCAUAUACAUAUAUACAUAUGUCUUUCUAAGAUUUAACUACUUGUUUGGAACUUGUAAAUAAUUUGACUUUUUUUUUUAAAGAUCAUUGUUUACUGACAUUUUUUUUCCCUAAACUGUUAUCAAAACAUGGAAGCCCAGCUCUACGUGUGUACUGUUUUUAUCAUGUGCGUCUCUUGUUAUUACCCCCCUUCCUUUCUCAUCUCGAUCUGGUGCUGGUGCGAAGCCUCAUUUUCUUGGCUUAGUAUUCGAGAACUAUCUUUAUGUGGUCUUGUCCUCUAGGUCGCCUUAUUUCCCCUGUAUUGUUUUCUGCAGCCAGACUGAUCUCCUUUUCCACUCUGUAUGCCAUCCUCAAGUCUUAUCUGGGUGUCUCCGCUUGUACUUUGUGCCCGUGCUGCCUUCAUGUUUUCACCCUCAUCCGUUCCCCAGCUUUCUCCUUGCUGCCUCAGUACCUUUGAACUGCAGGUUUCACUGUCUGGAACACUCUGUUCCACCACCCCAGGUAGAUAGGUCCUUUCCAUCCUUCACAGUUUGGUUCAAGCAUCACCUGCACAGGAAAGCUUUCCACAACUCCUCAUGCUAGGUCAGCUCUUUCUAAGUGUUCAGAGACCCUAUACUUUUCUUCUAUAGCAUUUAGCACUACUGUACUUAAAUGACCAUGUAGUGGCUGUUUAAUCUCCACUUCAGUUGUAAGCUCCGAAAGGCACCGGCCGUGUGUGUUGUUAUUAGUGUAUCCCAGCUUCCACCCAUGCCUUAAGACACAGAGAAGCCCUGUCAUAAAUGUUUAGCAAAUCUCUGUCUUUUCAUUAUUUCAUCCAUUCCUCGGACCUCACCUCAUGACCUCGGUGCAUAUCUAGCCACCUGCGAGUCAACCCCACCUGCUUGCCUGUCCCAUGGACAUUUUAAUGGAACAAGUUGGAAGUUAACCUGUUUCCCCUAAAUCUCUGUAUAAAACCCAUACCAUUGUUAAUAAUCCUUUGACUCCCCACUGCCUGCAGAAUAUUCUCGAUUCCCUUAGGAGAAUAUUCCAAGUCCUUCUCUGUCAGGCUUUAACCUGAAGUACCUGUGUACCCUUUGGGUCUUGGCCAUACCAGGUGAUUUGCCCUUCCUUCCAUAAUCCCUUCUCACAGAAUUGGGCUUGUGGAUUAAUGAAUGUUGGCUGAACACUUUUGGAUAUGUUAUCACAUCAUAGUUCACUCUCUCUGCCUGAAAUGCCCUUUGUUCUCACUGUGUGCUUCUAUACCCUGAAUUCUUCAAGAUGCAAGUUGGGUUCCAUCCCACUAUAAAGAAAACCUGUAUGUAGACCAGUGUUUUUAGAGAAACAAGCUGUGGACUGAGCAUGAAUUUUAAUUGUAAUUAUAAUUAUGCUCUAACGUUUUCUGUAACUUUGGACUAUAUUUGGACCUCAGUUUCCCCAUCUGUUUAAAAGGAGAUUUGGCUCAGCUGACUGAGAACUCAUCCCGCUGGACCUGUGAACUCUGACUUCUUAGGAACAUUCUGCAGAUGUGGCUAUUCCUUCAACCUCAGGAUUCAAGCUAGCAGCUGCAUAAGACUCUUGGGCCUGUGUGAGGAUACAGGUGAUUGGUGAGAACGCUGUGAAGAUUGAGGGCCACACUGACUGAAGUAACACAGAAUAUUCAGGCCUGUCUCCAUUUCAGGGAUAAUUGUGUCCUUUUUAGUUAAUGUCAUUUCUUAAGUAUAUGUGAUUUAAUUUUUAAGCCUUUGAGUUCUGGUAUUUAAUAUGUAACUUUGUUGUUUUUUUUUUAUAGAGAAUUAAAAUGUCUCCUUUGUUCAUAAAAUAUCAGGUGAGCCUUCUCCAUUCACUUGCAUCUGUAGGAUUUCCAGGCACAGGGGCUCGUUUCAGGGAGAUGGCAUCAGCUGAAAUAUCAACAGCUCUUAUUUCCUGGGAGAGGUGAAGUGACAUGUUUACAGUCACAGUAAGCUGGGAUUCUAGUGCAUGAACGAAUACACGAACAAAGUACCAAGUGACAGAGAAAGUUGUAAGACAGAAUGCUUUCAGUGGACAGAAGGGACCAUGCCAUUUAACUGAAGAAAUAAGAACUUUGGGACAAAGGAGGGAAAAGUGAUUUUGGAACAUUGCUUAGGCCACUACGGAGGACUGUGGGAUAACUGGAUACCAGGCAAACAGGUGAAGAGGAAUAAGAAGUCUGGUCAGAUAGCGAGGUGGGAAGAUGCCCAAGACGAACUCGAUGUCUGGGGCUAGUUACUCUCUCAGCUUCAAAUCAGAACAGGGCUCUUAACCACCCAUGUGAAGUGUAGUCCAAAAAAACUUACAGUCCUUAGCACAAUUUUAUAUUUGGAAAAAAAAUUAAGCUCAGUUUUUCAGUUUUUAAAUACAAACCCCAGAAACCAAAGUUUCCAAAAGGAAGGCUCUGAGAUUUUUGUUUAUCAAAAGUGGGCAUGAAUAAAAAAUGAUGGAGAAACUUGUGCAGAGGACCAGGAGGCUGCGAGAUGGGGAGGAGGACAGCAGGCUGGGAGCUACAGUCAUUCUUUGACAAGUGCCUCUUAGGCCAAAGGCUCUCACCGUGGCUUACUGUCCCUGCAGUACGUUUUUCAUCUUUGGACUUUUCUCAUUUCUUCACCAGGAAUUUUCAUCAUGCAGAUCAGUUCUUAAGGACAAAGUUAUUUUGUAGGAAAAGGUCUUGUGGAGAAACAAACACCUAAACAUAAUUAUGGGGAUGUCCUGAUGGUCCUAAUGGAAAUAUUCUUGAAACUCUGGUGCAUAGGGGAGGAAGCUGCUGAUAUGGUUUGGUAUUGUUCUAGAAGGCCCUCCAGAGAAGUCCUGCAGUGACAGAAAACUGUCCAUAAAAGCCAGCCAUUCAUUCUCCAUAUAGCUAUUUUGAAGUCUUCCCUUUUUUUGAGAGCCAAAAUGUCUCCAGGUAUUUUCAGCAAAGAUGCUGAAAGCCAUGACUAAGUUCACUUUUUUCCCAUGUCAGCUCUUCGUUUAAACGCGGUGGGGUU